CGGCUCGUUAUAUGUCGUUAACGCGCCUCGCUCGCGGACUUUCUGUCAUUCAGUGGAGCAGAGCGCGCGAGGAAGCAGCUUCAGACGACCCUAUAUGAGCAUGUUGACCUGAUCUAAAAUGGGCGACCCGACCAACAGCAGCCUGGCUCUGACCGACUACUUCCCGGCCAGCGAAGUCCUGGACUAUGACAUUCCUCUGGACGAGAUCCCGGACACCACACAGGGCCGGGCCUUCUUCGUGGCCACCAUCGUCAUCGCGGUGGUCCUGGUGGGCAUCAUGUUGGUGUGCGGCGUGGGAAACUGUCUGUUCAUCGCCAGCCUGGCCCGCUACAAGCAGCUCCGCAACCUGACCAACCUGCUGAUCGCCAACCUGGCCGUGUCGGACGUGCUGGUGGCGGCCGUGUGCUGUCCCUUCCUGCUGGACUACUACGUGGUGAAGCAGCUGUCGUGGGAUCACGGCCUGCUGCUGUGCGCCGCCACCAACUACCUGCGCACCGUGUCCCUCUACGUGUCCACCAACGCACUGCUGGCCAUCGCUGUGGACAGGUACAUGGCGAUCCUCUACCCUCUGAGGCCUCGUAUGAAGCACCAGACGGCGUACUGCGUGAUUCUGACAGUUUGGAUCGUCCCCAUCUUCAUCUCCAUCCCCUCUGCCUACAUGGCCUCUGAGGUGACGUACCCACAUGUGGAAGGACGCACCUACAAGACCUUCUGCGCUCAGAUCUGGCCUGUGGACCAGCAGGUUUACUACCGCUCCUACUUUCUCCUCGUCUUCGCUCUGGAGUUCAUUGGCCCGGUCACCGUCAUGGCUGUCUGCUACAUCCAGAUUUCCAGGGAACUGUGGUUUAAGGACGUUCCGGGUUUCCAGACCGAGCAGAUCCGGAAGAGGCUCCAGAGGCGUCGGAGGACGGUAGUGGUGCUGAUUCUGGUGCUGGUCGCCUACAUCUUGUGCUGGGCACCGUACUACGCCUUUGCCUUGCUGAGGGACUUUUACCCCACCCUCAUAUCCAGAGAAAGGAACUCCCUGGUGGCCUUCUACAUCAUAGAGUGCAUCGCCAUGAGCAACGGGGUCAUCAACACCCUCUGCUUUAUGAGCGUCCGAAACAACAACAAGCGCCUGAAGAAGGCGGUGAGGUUCCCGCUGAGGCUGGUGACUUUUGUGGCCACCAAGUCGGUGUAUGAAGGGGAGGCACGGACCUCCUCCCUUCGAGUGACAGAGGACGUGGAGGGAACUCGGAGGUAAAACAUCUGACAGUUCAAACGCCACGCCGACUUCAACGUCAGCAUCAAAGUGGGAAUAUUUAUUAUCAGACCAGAGGCGUGGAUGUAGCGUGAAGCUCCUCCAGCCUCUCUCUCGCUCUCUCUUUAACCCCAACUGGUCGAGGCAGAUGGCUGCCCACCUAGAGUCGGGGUCUGUCCGAGGUUUCUGCCUCUUAAAAGGACGUUUUUCCUUGCUUGCUCAUGGUGGGAACUGUUGGGUCUCUGUAAAUAAGUCCUGUUGUGAUUUGGUGCUAUACAAAUUGAAUUGAAUGAAUAAAUACGCUGGUCUCAUCGCUCUGAAAACAGCUGAGCCAAUCACAGUGAAGCACGACUUCUUCAGGACGUCAUGUUGUCUGGGAGUCACCAAUCUGCAUCCAGUUGCUGCAAACUUUUAUUUAACUUGUAUUGUGAAGAUCAAAAUAAAUGAUAAAGUAUGUUGAUGAA